GGCGGCGCCCGGCCGGCGGAGACGCGCCAUGGCCCUGUACUUCGACCACCGGGUGGAAGCCCCCGACUGGGCCGGGCCGCCCUCCCACAUCAGCUGGCACCCCGUGCACCCCGUCCUGGCCGUCGCCUCUGUCAGCAGCGCCGCGGGAGGCCACGUGGACCUGUACCUGGAGCGCGGUGAGCAUGUGCCCGACACGCACAUGGAGAGGUCCUUCCGGGUCACCUCCCUGAGCUGGCACCCCACACGGCUGGUCCUGGCCGUGGGCUGGGAGACCGGAGAAGUGACGGUGUUCAACAAGCAGGAGAAGGAGCAGUAUCCGGUGCCCCCGACGCACACAGCCGACGUCACUGUUCUCACCUGGAGCCCCAGUGGGAGCUGCCUGGUGUCGGGGGACAGGCUUGGCGUCCUGCUCCUGUGGCGGCUAGACCAGAGGGGCCGCGUGCAGGGCGCGCCCCUGCUGAGACACGAGUACCGGACGCGCCUGACACACUGCGUCUUCAGGCUGCCCCCGCCUGGCGAGGACCUGGUGCAGCUGGCGAAGGCAGCUGUGAGCGGAGACGAGAAAGCCCUAGAUAUGUUCAACUGGCGAAAGAGCGGCCUCGGGGGCCUCCUGAAGACGGGCUCCCAGGAGGGGCUGUCGCUCUUCGUUGGCCUGGAGGAUGGGACGGUGCACUACGUGGACGAGAAGGGCCAGACAGCCCGGGCGGCGGCCACGGACGGCGCCAUCCACACGCUGCACUACAUGGAGAGGCGGGAGGCCCUGGUGGUGGUCACGGAGAGUCUGCUGCUGUCCCUGCUCCUGGUGCCGCGCCAGGGCGAGGCCGAGGAGGUGAUGAAGGUGAAGCUGAGCGGGAGGACGGGCCGCCGGGCAGACAUCGCUGUGAUAGAGGACAGCCUCCUGGUGAUGGCCGUCGGGGAGGCCGUAGUCAGGUUCUGGGACCUGGAACGAGGCGAGAACUACGUGCUGGCCCCAGAUGAGACGCUUGGCUUUGAGAAAGGGGAGAACGUAAACUGUGUUUCUUACUGCGAAGUCAAAGGUGUCCUGGCGGCGGGCACUGACAAAGGACGGGUGGCCAUGUGGAGCAGAGUGCCAGGACCCCCGGGCAGUCGGGGAGCGGAGGGCAGAGACGGGUGGACGCUUCGGACCCCCACGGAGCUCGAAGGGAGUGUCAUGCAGGUCAAGUGGGGCUCCCGCAAGCACCUGCUGGCCGUGGACAGCGUCCGCUCCGUGGUCAUCCUCAGCGAGCAGGCCAUGUCGUCCCACUUCCGCCAGCGCGUGGCCGCGGUGCAGACCGCCCCCGGCCUGCUGCACGUGGCCUUCCUCGCCUCCGGGGCCACGCACAGCCUGCACACCGACAUGCACGUCAGCGGCGUCUUCGCCACCAAGGACGCGGUGGCCGUCUGGGAUGGGAAGCAGGCGGUGAUCUUCGAGCCUUUUGGAGCCGCGCUGCGAAGCGCAGGCACUUUCCCCUGCGACUCCCCGGCACUGGCCAUGCAUGAGGACAGCGUUUAUACCGUGGAGCCCCACCGGGUUCAAGUUCGAACCUGGCAGGGCACUGUGAAGCAGCUCCUGCUUUUCCCAGAGGCCGAGGGGAGCCCCUGCUUCUUUGACAUCUGUGGGAACUUUCUGGUUGUGGGGACGGACUUGGGAUACUUCAAAAGCUUCGAUCUUUCCCGAAGGGAGGCCAAGGUGCACUGCAGCUGCAAGAGCCUGGCCGAGCUGGUGCCGGGCGCAGGGGGCCUGGCCUCACUCCGGAGCAACGCCAACGGCGGCAGGAUCAGCAUCCUCCUGCACAAGGCCGACCGCAGCCCUGACUCCAGGGUCUGCUUCUACGACGUUGACAUGGACAUGGUGAGCAUCUUGGACUUGAAGACGGGCCUCCUUGACCAGCGCGAGGCCUUCAGCGGGCCGGAGGCCAGGAGGAGCUGCGUCAUUGCGGACGAGCACCUGAGGGACCUGGUUCCUGUGAGCCACUUCUGGGACCAGAGCGAGCCCCGGCUAUUCGUGUGUGAAGCCAUGCGGGAGGCGCCAGAAGCCCCCCUGCAGCCCACUGACAAGAGGUCUCCCGGCCAGGACCCAGGCCCCGUGGCGGAUGUGCUGGUUCUGUCCUUCUUCGUCUCUGAAGAGCAUGGCCUGCUCCUCCACGACAGCUUCCCCCGGCCUCCCGCCUUCCAGGCUCUGCUGGGCAUGGAGGUGCCCCACUACUACUUCGUGAGGAAGCCAGGAGAAGUGACCCCAGAAGACAGGGCAGAGCCAGGGUGGCCCGCUGGACUCCAGGUGGUGGGCAGGAGGCCCCUGCGGGACUUCGUGGGGCUGGAGGGCUGCGACAAGCCAACGCGGGACGCCAUGCUCAACUUCAGCUUCUUCGUCGCCGUCGGAGACAUGGACGAGGCCUUCAGGUCUAUCAAACUCAUCAAAAGCGAGGCCGUCUGGGGCAGCAUGGCGCGCAUGUGUGUGAAGACCCGGCGGCUGGACGUGGCCAGGGUGUGCCUGGGGAACAUGGCCCACGCGCGUGGGGCCCGGGCCCUGCGCCAGGCCGAGCAGGAGCCCGAGCUGGAGGCCAGGGUGGCCAUGCUGGCCAUACAGCUGGGCAUGCUGGAGGAUGCUGAGCGGCUGUAUGAGCAGUGUGGGCGCUAUGAUCUCCUCAACAAGCUGCACCAGGCCAGUGGGCAGUGGCAGCGGGCGGUGGAGCUGGCUGAGCGGCGAGACCGUGUGCACCUGCGCACCACACACUACAACUACGCGCGGCACCUGGAGGCCAGCGGGGAGCGCAGCCUGGCCCUUGGCCACUACGAGAAGUCGGACACACACCGCUUCGAGGUGCCCAGGAUGCUCUCUGAGGACCUGCCGUCGCUGGAGCUCUACGUGGACAAAAUGAAGGACAAGUCCCUGUGGCGCUGGUGGGCGCAGUACCUGGAGAGCCAGGCGGAGAUGGCCGCGGCGCUGCACUACUAUGAGCUGGCGCAGGACCACUUCUCCCUGGUCCGCAUCCACUGCUUCCAGGACAACAUCCAGAAGGCGGCCGAGAUCGCCAAUGAGACCGGGAACUGGGCGGCGUCCUACCACCUGGCGCGGCAGUACGAGAGCCAGGAGGACGUGCGCCAGGCCGUGCACUUCUACACACGCGCCCAGGCCUUCAACAACGCCAUCCGCCUGUGCAAGGAGAGCGGCCUGGACGACCAGCUCAUGAACCUGGCCCUGCUGAGCUCCCCGGAGGACAUGCUGGAGGCGGCGCGCUACUAUGAAGAGAGGGGCGAGCAGAUGGACAGGGCGGUCACGCUGUACCACAAGGCCGGCCACUUCUCCAAGGCCCUGGAGCUGGCUUUCGCCACCCAGCAGCUCGCGGCACUGCAGCUGAUCGCGGACGACCUGGACGAGAAGUCGGACCCCGCGCUCCUGGCCCGCUGUUCCGACUUCUUCCUGGAGCAUGGCCAGUACGAGAAGGCCGUGGAGCUGCUGCUGGCUGCCAGGAAGCACCAUGAGGCCCUGCAGCUGUGCCUGGACCAGAACCUGACGCUGACCGAGGAGAUGGUGGAGAAGAUGACCGCGUCUACGGGCCACCAGGACCUGGGCGAGGAGGCUCGGCGGGAGCUGCUGCGGCAGGUGGCCGGCUGCCUCGUGCGCCAGGGCAACUACCGCCUGGCCACGAAGACGUAUGCGCAGGCCGGGGACAAGCUGCAGGCCAUGCGGGCCCUGCUGAAGUCGGGGGACACGGAGAAGAUCGUGUUCUUCGCGGGCGUCUCGCGGCAGAAGGAGCUCUACGUCAUGGCCGCCAACUACCUGCAGUCGCUGGACUGGCGGCGGGAGCCAGCCAUCAUGAAGAACAUCAUCAGCUUCUACACCAAGGGCCGGGCCCUGGACCUGCUGGCCGGCUUCUACGACGCCUGUGCCCAGGUAGAGAUCGACGAGUACCAGAACUACGACAAGGCCCACGGGGCGCUGACCGAGGCCCACAAGUGCCUGGCCAAGGCCAAGGCCAAGAGCCCCUUGGACCAGGAGGCCAAGCUGGCUCAGCUGCAGAGCAAGAUGGCGCUGGUGAGGCGGUUCAUCCAGGCCCGCAGGGCGUACCCUGAGGACCCCAAGGAGUCGGUCAGGCAGUGCGAGCUGCUGCUGGAGGAGCCGGACCUGGACAGUGCCAUCCGGGUCGGGGACGUGCUCGGUUUCCUGGUGCAGCACCACCUGCAGGCCGAAGACUUCCAGAUGGCCCACAAGUACCUGGAGGAGAUGCGGAGGAGGCUGCCCUCCGCCAGCCUGUCCUGCUAUGUGAGCCAGCGGACGGUGGACGCGGUGCACCAGGGCCUGGGCCUCCCGCCGGCACGUGCCACGCCCGAGCCCACCCGCCAUGGCAGCACAGAGGGGCCCAAGGAGGAGGCCGAGGAGGUGCUGGAGGAGGUGGACAGCGAGCCCUGAGGCCGCGCAGAGGCCCUUCUGGGCCCACUCCCGCUCAGCGGAGCCGUGGGCAGCCCCCGCCCCGCUGCUGUGCGCCCCAGACGCUCCUGAGGGCCGGACGACUGGACAGGCCGCUGCCAGCAGGAAUCGCGGCUCCUGACCCCGGGCCCAACGGGCUGUCGGGAGUGGCCACCCUACUGCCCAGGCCGUGCCCUCCUGUGGGGUGACAGGGCCUGCGCCCCAAUAAAGGCUUUACCCAGUGGCCCGUGUCUGGCGCAGCAGAGCCACGGGCAGCCGGGGCUCCU